GGCUGCCUGCUGGAGGAACGUACCAACCGCUGGAGUGGGGUGGGUGUGGAGGACCCGCCGACUGUCGCUCCCGGAAGUCGCCCCGGAACCUGGACCGCCCACCAAGCUCUGCAGGGCCCUUGGCUCCUCAUGGUUUGUGUAGACUCCAGGCUGGCUCUCCACAGCGUCCACCCCGCUGUCAUCCUGGUGUGCUUCAGUGAAGAGAAAGGGGUGCCAGUCAUUGCCCAAGAUCCUGGACCUGCCCCGGGGACUGUCAGGAGAUGAGGUUCCUCAAGCAGUAGCCUAAGGGACCUGCUGGCCCUUGAGCGGGGGUGUCGGAGACAGGCGUCCAGCCCAGGCCGAGUGGACGGGGCGUCCUUUGGGGUGAGCAGCCCGCUGACCGCCAGUGGCACCUGCGUCACCGUGACGGAGCUGCUGGGGCCCCGGCCACCUGGACCCACUUCGUCUUAUGGAGCCUCGGGGUGAGAAGUCGGGAGAGGCCGACGGGGUGCGCGUCACCCCUCAGCUGCUCAAGGCGCGCUCAGGCGAGUUCGCCCUGGAGUCCAUACUGCUGCUGAAGCUGCAGGGCCUGGGGCUGGCGGACCUGGGCUGCCUGGGGGAGUGCCUGGGCCUCGAGUGGCUGGACCUUUCGGGCAAUGCGCUCACCCAGCUGGGCCCGCUGGCCUCCCUGCGCCAGCUGGCCGUGCUCAACGUGGCCAACAACCGGCUGACGGGGCUGGAGCCCCUGGCCGCCUGCGAGAACCUGCAGAGUCUCAACGCCGCGGGCAACCUGCUGGCCGGCCCCGGGCAGCUGCAGUGUCUGGCGGCGCUGCGGGGCCUUGAGCGCCUGCGGCUCCGCGACCCCUUGGCCCGGCUCAGCAACCCGCUGUGCGCCAGCCCCUCCUACUGGGCCUCGGUCCGAGAGCUGCUGCCCGGCCUGAAGGUCAUCGACGGCGAGCGCGUGAGCGGGCGCGGCAGUGACUUCUACCAGCUGUGCCGGGACCUGGACAGCUCCUUGCGCCCCAGCUCCGGCCCCGGCCCCGGCCCGCGAGCCGUGGAGGCCCAGCCCUGGGUGGAGCCCGGCUACUGGGAGUCCUGGCCCACGCGCAGCAGCUCCAUCCUGGAGGAGGCCUGCCGCCAGUUCCAGGACACGCUGCAGGAGUGCCACGACCUGGACCGCCAGGCCAGGGACAGCCUGGCCCAGGCCGAGCAGGUGCUCAGCCCCGCAGGCGCCACCUCCUUUGUCUUUUGAAUGCGCCCUGUGGCCGUGGCCUGUGGGGUUGGCACGCUGUGGUCUCCCUGCUUGUCUUCAUGGUUUCAUCAUGCUGGCCACUGGCCCUGCACACGGGCCUCUUAUGGGCCCCCUUCCCUAAGAGCAGCCCCCCUCCCUUUCACACCUCCCCUCCUUCUCACACCUCCCUCAAGGAAAAUUCCCCACCCAUCCAUCAGGGACACACCUCCCUUGGACCCUCCUCAGGCAGCUGGCACUGUGUGAGGCUGUCCUAAACCUACGCUGUGCUCCUGGGAGGAGGCCCGGCCUCCUCGUGCCCAUAGCUGCUGCCACUCCUGGCUGCCUGAGCCUGAGGCUUAGUGGAAUAAAGUUGCUUGGUCCUAAGGCUAAAGGUGAGAGGCAGGGAUGGCGAGCCUCCUGCCCAGCCCGUCCUGGGAGAGGACGCGGCAGAGCUCGGAGCGUGGAAGCCGCAUCUUCCAGGUUGGCCUGUCCAAGUGACCCUCUGCUGUGCCCCCCCGUCCCAGGUCUCCCUGAAGCCUCCACUGCCAUGCCCACCCAUGCCAAUCACCAUUAAAUUCUCGUGUUUUAAUUUGCA